AUGACAUUGCCUCUUCUGCCACAAAACUUAAUCAUGGAGGGUUUUGAAAGCAUUAAACGUAUGUACCGUGAAAAUGAGCUGUUAAGUUUAGGCGACAAUGGAGGACAAUUUAAUCAACUUUUUGAUUAUUAUCGGUCGACAUGGCUACAAGGAGUUAAUGCAGAUAUGUUAUCGGUGAAUGAAACAGUUUGGCGCACCAAUAAUGUACUGGAAGUCAGUCAUCAACACUUACUUUUGCAUAUGGGAAACAGACACCACCCAGAACCGUGGAUAUUUCUGAAAGGACUAAUUACAUACUCAAGAGGUAUACUAAUAGACUAUACUGCGGUAACUGAUGGUGAACAAAUAAGAGAGCCGCAACGGCAGGUAUGGAUAGACAACCAAAGGCGUCUAGAUUUGGCAAUGAGACUGCUAAAUGAAGGGCGGUAUUCUAUAUUGGAGUUUCUUGUCUGUUCACGACAUGCAACAGCAAAUUUUGGUGUCUUACGACCUCAACCACUUCAAAUUCAACCAGUGAAUGACCCACAACCUCAACCACUUCAUAUAGAACCUGCGAUUAAUGUACCACGUCCUCCAUCUCCAAUUUUGUUUGAGUUACCGCCUCAUCCAUCACGGGAAGAAAUUCUUGCAAGAUUAUUGCCUGCGCGGAUACGACAACCUGUUCCUGCAAAUCUUUUUGAUGUAUCAUCUGAUUCCGAUGAUAAUGAUGAAAAUGUUAUAGCUGUUAUACCACGGGCUAACCAAAUUGAAAACGAAGACUUUAAUAUUUUAGAAAACUCUGAUUCAAACGAUGAGGAAAAUGUGAUGGCUAGGUCACAGGCUAUUAGACCACAUACAAAUUGGAUCCAUGGUGAAGAUCUGACUAUCACCCCAAUAGUUGAGAGCCAGUGCUACAUAUGUAUAUUUUCGCCGCCAACAGUAAUUGUUUUACCAUGUAUGCAUCAAGGUCUAUGUGAGCCUUGCUUCACAAGCUAUUCUACAAUGGCUCCAUAUAGCCGUCAACCCUAUUACAGAUGUCCACUGUGCAGAGGACAAGUUGAAAGCUAUUUAGCUAUACAAUAA